GCGCAGAGUCGCUGUCUGCAGCCGCAAGGAUCCGACGGGCAGCGGGUUCGGUGAAAAUGCGCCAGGAAGUUCUGGUUCUGGGUGACCUGGCAGCGGUUCCUGCCCUCGGCUCCCCCACACACCGGACCUCUGAGGGCAGCAGGGACUGAAACGAUGCAGUCGGUUCCCAUGGAGGUGGGGAGCAGCAGCGGCUCAGGCGGGUCGGCGGUGGAGGUCAGCUUCCCCGGCGCUCAGACCUCGGUGCUGGACAGCCUCAACCGGCAGAGAGAGGACGGCAGUCUGUGCGAUCUGUCCAUCCACGUUCAGGGUCACGUCUUCAAGGCGCACCGCUGCGUCCUGGCUGCGGCCUCGCCCUACUUCCAUGAUCAGGUGCUGCUGAAGAACAUGUCGACGGUCUCCAUCCCCGCGGUGAUGGACCCGCUGGCGUUCGAGAGCGUCCUGAGCUGCGCCUACACCGGCCAGCUGCGGAUGCUGCGUGACGACAUCGUUAACUACCUCACGGUGGGCAGCGUGCUGCAGAUGUGGCACAUCGUGGACAAAUGCACCGAGCUGCUGAAGGACGGCCGCGCCGCAGCGGCGGCAGCAGGAGGAGGAGGAGCGCGGGACGCAGCAGGUGGAGGCGGAAGUUCGGCCAAUCCCGGCUGCAGCAGCAGCAACGGUGAAGCUGGUGGAACUGGGACCACAGGUGGUGUCCCGGUUGUAGAGCCCAACGACCCCCAGAGGGCCCCCCAACCCUCCAGCCGGCCCUCGGUGAGCGAGAGCCAGUCGCCCAGCAGCACCAACUACUUCAGCCCCCGAGACGGGAGCAGCUUCCUGGGGGGAGGCGCAGCAGCAGGGGGGGCCUCUCUGGAUGGAGGCAGGACCAGCAACACCCCCAGCUACUGCACCCCAUCAGGGGGAGAGGAGGCCCUGCUCAUUGAGGAGGAGGAGGAGGAGGAAGAGGAGGAGGAGGUCAUGUACCACCACAGGAAGAGAGGAAGAGGAGGAGGCAGCAGGAGGAGGAAGAAAGUCAGCUCAGUGUUGGAGCAGGAGGUCGGAGUCAGCGACAGCUUCGGCGUUUCCUCCUAUCAGGACGGCGAGGACUCGGAUGCGGCACUGCAGAAGCGUCCGACCUACAGCCAGCCCAGCAUCAUGCCGCGGAAGCAGUGGGUGGUGGUGAAGACGGAGCGGACGGAGGACGACGACCUGAUCGUUGUGUCCGGAGAGGAGGGCGGUGAGGAUGAGGAGGACGAAGACGAGAGGGAGAUGGAGCUGCUGAGGGAGCGAGAGAGAGGAAACUUCAACAUCUCCAACAUCAGGAGCCUUUCAGCGGAGCUGGCGGGCCGAGCGGAGAGCGACAUGGACUCACAGGUGGAUUACUGCCAGUCAUCAGAGGACUACCUUAAGUUUGAGGGCAGCCUGAUCGAGCAGACGUUAGCCCAGCACCUUCAUGACGGCGCUGCGGGUCAGAACCAGAACGCCAACCGGGCCGUGUCGGCCCUGCUGGGCCAGGUCCAGUCCGCGGCCUCGGCCCGGGCGCAGCUCUUCCCUCUGGACAUGCAGGGGAACCAGAUCCUGCUGUACAGCCAGGCGUCCGGCCUCGCCCUGGACCCGGCCGCGCCGCCGCUGGGCGUGGCUGCCGGCAUGAUGGGCGGAGCCUCUUUCAAAACGCCCGGCCUGGAGCACGGCGCCGUCCAGCUGCAGACCGGAUUGGGUUCAGAUGGUUCUGACGGUGGCGGGGUCGGAGAGCGGUGGCGGCGGUGGCGCUCUGGAGGAACCGCCAAGGUGUUCAUGUGUCACUGUGGGAAAACCUUCACCCACAAGAGCAUGCGGGACCGGCACAUCAACAUGCACCUGGACCUGCGGCCGUUCCACUGCCCCGUCUGCGCCAAGAAGUUCAAGAUGAAGCACCACCUGACGGAGCACAUGAAGACCCACACCGGCCUCAAGCCCUACGACUGCCUGGGCUGCGGCAAGAAGUUCAUGUGGCGUGACAGCUUCAUGAGGCACCGCUCACACUGCGAGAGGCGCAGCGCCGACGGCGACACGGCGGGGGGCGGGGAGGGAGGGAGGCGAGGAGGAGGAGGAGAGGAAGGCUCGGAGGAGGAGCGACUGCAGCUGCUGCUGGACAACAUGGCGGAGGAAGCAGUCACCAUGGCAACACCAUGGCCGCUGCCACAGGGGCGAUCCUGGGGGUCGUCUCCCAGAGUCCGGGUCCGGAUCACGGACCAGGAAUGUUCGGAGGGCUGGGAUUGGCUAGAGGUGUGUGUGAGGAAGACGUGUGUGAGGUCAGCGCAGACGGAAGCAGCGUGACUUAAAAGGGAACCAAUGGGAGCCCGGUUCUGAUGGUUCUGGUGGGUCUGAUGGUUCUGAAGGUUUUGAUGGUUCUAAGGUUCCAAAGGUUCUGAUGGUUCUGAAGGUUCUGGUGGUUUUGAUGAUUGUGAUGGUUGUGAAGGUUCUGAAGGUUCUGAUGGUUCUGGUGGUUCUGAUGGUUCCUGUUGCUGUUUUAUCCUGGAAAAGAGAAGAAGAAGAAAAUAAGAGGAAAUGCACUUUGUUGAAACUCCUGUUGGAGAAAUAAUCUGAAGGACCGGAAGAACCUGGACAUUCGGAUCGGCCUUCAUGGUGGUUCUGUUUUAGUUACUUUUGACUUAAAUGACCCAGUUUCUUUUGCACAAACAGAAUUGAAAAGUGACCUCAGCAGAACAAUGAAUAAACUGUUAGCUUCAAAUAUUCCAAGAUGUUCUGAAAGUUUAUUUUUCUCUGGGUUUGUUGAGGGAAACCAGAACGCUGCUGGUUUCUGUGGGAAAACGUUCCAGAUGGCUGUGAUUCCUCUGCAGCUUCGUAUCCUGACCUGUUGCUGUGCUCAGAUAAAAACAUGCGAGACUAAUUAGAAAUAGAAACAUUUAUAUUACAUUCAUGUUUUUAUUAUCAGUCAUGAAGCAGCAGGAUUUUCCCCCCUGCAGCCUCACUCACUGCUCUCUGCAACAGAUUAAACUGAUACUCAUAAUUCAUCCAGAUUCAUCUCAGUCAGGCAUUUUUAUGGAUUAUUCUAAGAUAUUUUCCACACUGGUUUGUGAAUUUGUGAAGCUUAAAUUCAGUAGAUAAAAUUGGAACAAAAAAUCAAGACUUACAUUAAUAUAAAUUGCUGCAACUUUGACCGUUAGGGGCAACAGUUUUAACUUCUUACUUUAUUCUUUCAGCUUUAGCACCUUGAAAAUAAUAAUAUUAAUAUUAUUUCUAUACAUAUUUAAAUAUAUGUACUAUAAGCAGUUCAUAGUUCAGUUUUAUUCUGGUGUCUGUUUUUAACAAAUGAAGUGAUUCAUUAAUAUCAUCUGGAUGUUCAGGAAUGUUCAGUAAAGGAAAAAAAGAACUGGUCAUUUAGAAGCAUAAAUUAUUAUUAUUAUUAUUAUUAUUAUUAUUAUUAUUAUUAUUAUUAUUAUUAUUAUUAUUAUUAUUAUUAUUAUUAUUAUUACAUCAUGUUCCAUAGUUUUUCUCAACAUGUUCUAGUCCAGAGGUUUUUGACAUCCCAGUUGAUUUUCAGGUCCUUUUUUAGUUCUGAUUUGUUUACACUGUAUGUGAGCAUAACAGUUCUUUUAAAAUAUAAUAUAUAUUCAUUACAAGUAUAUGGAAAACAUAAGAUAAAUACAUUUUGAGGUUUUUUUACACACAUACAUCAGCUUGUUUAAAAAUAAAUGUAAUAAAUUAGAACAAUUUCAAUUACAAAACAGCCAACAGUAUUUAUAUUUUACAGGCUGUUUGUUUUGAUAUUUGGUCUAAUUAGAGAAAAUCUAAGUAGAUUCUUGUAUCUUGUUUCAAGUCGAUAUUAUAGAUAUUCAUAAUAUAAACUAGAUUUUAUACAUUAUUUUGUGUCUUAUUGCUCUGGUUUUGGACAUAAUGACUGAAUAUUUGUUGAUGUAAGUGCAUUUUGAUGGAAAAAGCUGUGAUUUGUUUCAUUUUGAGUUGAAGUACUGAUUCUUUCAUGAAGAGGUAAUCAAUUUAAACUUUAAAAGGUCAUUAAACUCAAAUUUUAAAGAUUUAAUUAGAGAAAAUAAACAUUUAAGCUCUUAGGGAAGGUUUCAAAGUAAGAUAUUGUCUUUAUCUUAUAAAUUUAGACACAAAGAUAAAAGCAAAUCAUUUUUCUUUUGUUUUUUAACACGUAUUGAAACUAAUCUGAUUAAAAUGUGAGCUCAUCGUUUCCCCAGCUCCGUUUUGGUAAGUUUAUCCUCUCUGUGUUGCAUAUUUAAUGAAGCUGUGUUAGAGUAUAAGAAUAUGUUUGGUAACAUCAGACAUUAUUAUAGUUAUUCUGAGUUUUUUGUAUCUUUCUAUUAUAAAAUCUGUUUUAAAUUGUCUUUAUCUCAUUAAUUAAUCACCGUUCAUUUUAUUGAUACAUUUAAUAAGACACGUUCCAGUGCAUACCUUAAGGACUGUCAUAUUUUAAUAAUUAGCAUGCUAACACGUCAACAGGAAUGAAUCUUUUCAACAGAUUUAUUUUGUACUUGUAGAGCCAUAUAUUAUCCACCAGAGGGCGCUGUUUCGUUAUAUUCAGACCGAUUCUCUCAGUCGGAGGAAGCCGCUACAUAUGAAGACAGAAACACUCUAAUAUAUUAUUACAUAUCACACACAUAUUAACUCUAAUCGCAUAUUUAAAAAGCAGUUUUUCCUCUUUGAUUUUUUUAUAUUUUUCUUUGCAGAAGUCUGCCCCUUGUGGCCGUCGCUGGUACUAUUACUACCUGGAAAUAGAAAUGUGAAGAUCAACUUUUCAAAAUGUGAUUUUUUUCUUUUUAUUUACACUAAACAGAAACCUAUUUCAUGUGUGGUUGAACUAUUAUUUUUAUUUUAUAAAUAACCUCUGAAACACUCUGAAGCCUUUGAAGAUGCUAUAAGUUUGUGUUUUACCUUCUGUGAAGGUUCAGUUUGGUUUUCACGUUUUGGUCGGAGUGUUGGUGAGAUCUGCUGUGGUUCCUCUGUGGUGUUCAUCAGAGAGGAAGCUGAAUGUCUGAAAUGUUUCUCAUGAGUGCAGUGAACCCGUCAUGUUGCACCAACACUGUUAACAUUUGCACAAAGAGAUUAAUGUGAGUCACGAUGCAAGCACAACAUAAUUUGUAUAUUUGGGUAAGAAGUGGAGGAAAUUUACUUUGUGUUUGAUAAAAAUGUCUGCUGCAAAGUCAGAUGAAAGUAAAAACUGAUAUAUCUGCAACAUAUGGAGUAUUCUAAAUGCAGUAACAAAAAAUAUGUAUUUAAAAUCAUAAAGAUAAGAAAACACCCUGAACCAAAGAUAAUUUGAUAAGUUUAAUGUUAAAGAAGUCUGAGAAUAUUUGUGCAGCUUGUUGUCUCUAAGAUGUUCUCUUGCAGACAGAGCGCUCACUUCAUAAAGCUAAAAUCUGCCACUUGAAAUCAUAAUAAAUCAUUUUAUGUUUUUGUAAAUUAAAUCCUCCUUUUGACCAGCUGAUUGUUGUACAAAAAUCACAGAGUGAAAAUAAACAUGUAAAAUA